UCGACAUGGAUGUAUCAAACUUUCUGUUGUUGGUUAAUAUAUUUGUUUAUUUCGUAAUUGUUUCUUGUGGUUUUGCUAUUUCAAAUUCGCUAGGUGUUUCACGUAUUAGUUCAGGCGGUUGUUUGUUGUCCUCCACCCUUAAACCUUACAACUCCGGGAUAUAUUUAUUGGUGUAUAGCAACAAAUUCAAUUGUGAAUUCCCGAUCUACAGUGGUGUAAUUUUUUGCAUUUUUUACGCUCUUGGGAUGGCGAUUUACAACUUGUACACCAUUAAUAAAGCUCAGAGGGACCCAUCCAUUGUGUCACAGAUGUGGGUUUUCCCAUUUAUUUUGCUUAACUCAGUGGUGACAGUUCUUAUGCUUGUUGCCUCCUGUAUGGUCAGUGUUGGUUUUAAGGAAUUAUGUGACUCAUUGACGAAAGCAAAACACAAGUACUAUCCCAGUUGUAUAGAAGCAGAAAAUCAGAAUCUUCAGUUACUGCCAACAAAGGAAACAACUUCUACGGGACGCUUCUACACCUUAAUUAAUAAUACUCAGAAUGCCUCAUGGAUUUGUACAGUUUGCUGGCUGGUGCUGGUGAUUUUCGGAAUUGUCCAAUUUGUACUCAAUAGGCGCCAGAAAACGCAUGCACGUCAAGAAGUCAAUGAACCCAACCAGUACAGAACAGACGUCGAAGUGAAGAAUCUACGUCAUAUAUGACGUAUAUAAUCACUAACGUCAUAGACUUCAUGACAUCAUUAUCAGAUGAAGUAAAACUUUGAGUCAUUCAUUGAAUGAGUACUUACAUGUAUCUCACAGAUGAAAGGACGUACAUGUAUGAC